ACGUAGAUUACCAUACUCAGUGUUUUUAGUCAUUCAACAUACUAAGUUGGACGUGUACUUGUCAAAUAUAACCGCUUUGAAAAAACGUGCUGAAUUGGGAGAUAUUAUCCUAGCCAUUAGGCCUGCCUGUAAACCACUGCAAAAUGUGCAGAAAGUCCAAAAAGGCUUUAAAAUAUCAGUUGUCCAACUCCAAGAUAGCGAAAUUGAAGCUUACACUUACUAA